AUGGGCGUGUUCCCGAAGAAGAAAUAUGUCUCGUCUGCCGAGGCAAACACCAUAGCAGCGCGCUACCGAGCGGCCCUCGCAAAGCGCCCGUUCCUCCUCUUUGGCUUGCCCUUCAUCUCGAUCAUCGUCGCCGGCUCUUUCGUGCUCACGCCAGCAACGGCCGUCCGAUACGAGAAACAUGACAGGAAAGUGCGGCAGAUGACCAGGGAGGAAGAGCUCGGCGUCGGCAGACAAGGGCGCAAAGUCGACAUAAGGGAUGAAUACUACCGACUUGCCGCGAAGGACCUCGAUGAUUGGGAGCAGAAGCGUGUGAAGCGACUGCCAGGCGAGAGCGACGGCGUGCUGUAA